GUCCAAGGGGGCGGGGGUGGUGUUGCUGGGCUCUCCGGAAGGAGACGUGGCGGCUGUUGGGGCCCGGGUUGCCUGGGCGCUUGGUAGUCCCGCCGCCUCCUCCUCCUCCUCCUCCUCCUCCUUCCCCCUCUCCUCUCCACUGUGGGCCGAGGGGGUUGUGGCGGCGGCUGGAGAGCUCGGCGGCGGAGGAUGGAGGAAGGAGGCGGCGGCGCGCGGAGUCUGGUCCCAGGCGGGCCGCUGUUACUGGUACUCUGCGGUCUCCUAGAGGCGUCCGGCGGCGGCCGAGCGCUCCCCCAGCUCAGCGAUGACAUCCCUUUCCGCGUCAACUGGCCCGGCACCGAGUUCUCUCUGCCUACAACUGGAGUUCUGUAUAAAGAAGAUAAUUAUGUCAUCAUGACAACUACACAUAAAGAAAAAUAUAAAUGCAUUCUUCCCCUUGUGACAAGUGGUGAUGAGGAAGAAGAAAAGGAUUAUAAAGGCCCAAAUCCAAGAGAGCUAUUGGAGCCACUAUUUAAACAGAGCAGUUGUUCCUACAGAAUUGAGUCUUAUUGGACUUACGAAGUAUGUCACGGAAAACACAUUCGGCAGUACCAUGAAGAGAAAGAAAGUGGUCAGAAAGUAAAUAUUCACGAGUACUACCUUGGGAAUAUGUUGGCUAAGAAUCUUCUAUCCGAAAAAGAACAAGAAGCGGAAGAAAAGGAAAAAUCAAAAGAGAUUCCCACUAAAAAUAUCGAAGGUCAGAUGACACCCUACUAUCCAGUGGGAAUGGGAAAUGGUACACCUUGUAGUUUGAAACAGAACCGGCCCAGAUCAAGUACUGUGAUGUACAUAUGUCAUCCUGAAUCUAAGCAUGAAAUUCUUUCAGUAGCUGAAGUUACAACUUGUGAAUAUGAAGUUGUCAUUUUGACACCACUCUUGUGCAGUCAUCCUAAAUAUAGAUUCAGAGCAUCUCCUGUGAAUGACAUAUUUUGCCAGUCACUACCAGGAUCACCAUUUAAACCCCUCACCCUGAGACAGUUGGAACAGCAGGAAGAAAUACUGAGGGUGCCUUUUAGGAGAAAUAAAGAGGAAGAUAUGCAAUCAACUAAGGAAGAGAGAUUUCCAGCAAUCCACAAACCCAUUGCUGUUGGUUCUCAGCCAAUGCUCACAGUUGGAACAACCCACAUAUCCAAACUGACAGAUGACCAACUCAUAAAAGAGUUCCUUAGUGGUUCCUACUGCUUUCACGGGGGUGUUGGUUGGUGGAAAUAUGAAUUCUGCUAUGGCAAACAUGUACAUCAAUACCAUGAGGACAAGGAUAGUGGGAAAACCUCUGUGGUUGUGGGGACAUGGAACCAAGAAGAACAUAUUGAAUGGGCUAAGAAGAAUACUGCUAGAGCCUAUCACCUUCAAGACGAUGGUACCCAGACAGUCAGGAUGGUGUCACAUUUUUAUGGGAAUGGAGAUAUUUGUGAUAUAACUGACAAACCAAGACAGGUGACUGUAAAACUAAAGUGUAAAGAAUCAGAUUCUCCUCAUGCUGUUACUGUAUAUAUGCUAGAGCCUCACUCCUGUCAGUAUAUCCUUGGGAAAUAUGGUUCUACCUUUGGUUAUGCGAUGCGUAAGGGUGGUUUUCCUUGUUAUUUAUCCUGGUUGGAGUUCACUGAGCUUCUCAGGUUGAAUCUCCAGUGAUCUGUAAAAUCUUAGAUACAGCAGACGAAAAUGGACUUCUUUCUCUCCCCAACUAAAGGGUAACAAAGUUCAGGGGAAAAAAAAGAUCAUUGGAAGUCAUGAUGAUUUGUCUGACCAUAUGUCCCAUUAUAGAGCUCUCAGUCAUUGGACUGCAUCUAAAGGAUUGUAUAAAAGGACUCUCAACCACUUUGUGAAUAUGUAUGUGUACAUAAGAGGUUAUUGAUAAACUUCUAAGGCAGACGUUUUGUUUCACCUUUUUCAUUUUUGUUGUGUCUUAUGAACUGAUUGUGUGUUUUUCUUUGCUUGGAUAAUGUGAUUCCAAAAUAAAUCCUGUCCAAGCAAUUUAGAGUCCAUCCUAAUGAAAUGUCAUAAUCAUUGUACCUAUUGAAAGUUUUUAAAUAAUAGAUUUAUUAUGUAAAUUAUAGUAUAUACACUAGCUAAUAAAGUAAGGCUAAUGAAGAAAGAAAUUGACAGGAGGUUGUUUAAAUGAGAGACUGUGUUAAAUAUGUAAUUUCUAGUGCCUGAAAUCCUUUCAACAAAUUUCUAUUUAGCAACCGCUCUCUACCAGGUAUUAAACUAGAAACUGGACACACAGUAAAGCCUCACAUAUAAGUUUUCUUCUCCUCUGUUAAUCUCAAGAAACUCUUAUUUACAAUAGAUUGCUUCUCUCUCAGAACUUUUAUCUGUUUCUUUCUCCUUGAUAUGAGUGUGUUUCCCCAAAAAAUAUGUACCUGGUAUAGACAGUCGGUGAUUCUUCUCUUUCGAUUUAGAAUGAUUUAUCUUAACAAAACACACUGUGCUGGCUAUCCUUUGUACUUGCCUACUAUAUACUACAGAUUUUAGUUCCGGACAGUUUUAUAGCACAAUAUUUAUUUUAAAGUGAAUAAAAUGUCCACAAGCA